UUUUUGUGUGUUUCUGCAAGGGCCAAAAGGCUAUAACUGGCCUCAACUACUGUCGCUUUGAACCCGUCAAGUCACCGUGCGUCGGACUGAAUCACUCGCGCCAAGACGAAGCGAUAGCCUCCUCAACGGGUCUAUUAACACGUCACUGUUCGGCUAUUACUACCUACUCGUCUGGCCACUCCAACGUAUCGCUAGACAACUUUCCGCUUCGGGCAUUGAGCUUAUCGCGGGGUGAUAACUGUGGAAUUGAUCAGGCGAAAGGCGUUUUGCUUUGUUAGGCUGCACGUUCUUUUACACGGGCUGGAUCUACGGGUCAGGUGGUGAUUGACUAUUUGAGUCUUCGUCCAUCGUGUGGCUGCUAUCAGUCUUGGGUAUUUGUUUCAGAGAGUAAUUAAACAAAUUCUGGGAACUGCGACUUGAAUUCAAUUCAUCAUGUUCCAUUCGUCGAAGCCAUAUUCGGCUGUAUCGGUGCAGAUUGAGGUUCUAACUAGCGAACAAUAUGAUGUUGAAGACUCCAGCGGUAUCGUUGAUCUCAUUGAAGCUGUAGUGAUACAGGGCAGUGGCCCGACCGAAGCAAGUCGCGCCCUGCGUAAGAAGCUUAAAUAUGGAAACUUGCACCGCCAACUAAGAGCUCUCACUAUACUCGAUUUCCUGAUCCAAAAUGCCGGAGACCGCUUUUUACGGGAAUUUGCAGACGAACCUCUACUGGAACGUUUGCGUAUCGCCGCUACGGACCCCGUUUCUGAUCCUCUGGUCAAAGAAAAAUGCAAGCAGCUCUUCGGACAAUGGGCUGUAUCGUACAAGAACACACCCGGCAUGGAACGGGUGACAGCCCUCUACAGGCAAUUACCGAAACGCAAACAGCCGGCCAGUCAGGCUAAAGCAAGGUGCUCCGGGAUUCUGGCACUUCUGAUGAACCUCCAAUGGGCCACACCGUAUCUAUCUCUGCGGGAAAUGGCCCGGCUACAGAAGGAGAAGAAAGAGAAGAAAGUUCGAGACAAGACCUUCAAUCUGGAAAAGGAGAAGCCAGAAAUGUUACAGACUCUCGCCUCUGCAUCCGUCGCCAGCACGAAUCUCCUAAACGCAUUAAAACUAGUCAACCGAGAAACACAUCGAGUGAGCGAAGAUGCAGAGGUCCUCAACCGGUUUGAAACAUGCAAGCAGCUCAGGCGCCAGAUUCUUCGUUACAUCCAACACGUAGAAAGCGAGGAAUACCUGGGCAGUCUCAUACAUGCCAAUGAGGAACUCGUUACCGCCCUUAUGGCGUUUGAAGUCCUAGACAAAAGCGUGGAUUACGAUAGUGAUAGCGAUCAGGAUGUCCUUGAGUCUGGCUGGAGCCCUGACCGCGACGACCGUGAUCUUCAAGAGUCAUUCGCGGGGCUUGUUGUCAACCCCCCCAGGCCACCUCGGCCUGCUCGGCCGAUGAGCAUAUCGAUCCCCUCGUCGUCCAAGCAGCGCGUGUAUAACAGUGAUAGUGAGUCCGACAGCGAAGAAGACGAUGAUGAGGACAAUCCAUUCGGUGAUCGCAAUGCCAUUCGUACUCCAAACAAGGAGAUAUCCCAACCUACCUGGAAAGAGGUUUAGACCCGACACUGCAUGACUAAAUACCAUUCUUCUUUGUCCUU